GCCAGAAAAAAAAUCUCCGUUCGCACUCUUUGAACGCUCUCUUGAUUUUUCCGGGGGCCGUCUGUCCGCUUCGCCGACGAAAUUGACGGUGGGUCGAGUCUCCAGUUUACCCGAAGACGCAUUCUCUCAACCACUUGUCUUUUCACACAUCAAUUUCUUUUAUUCAUCCACAUUCAAGUCUUCCCAUUUAAGAAGUGAACCUAACAGUGCGACCUAUCUAUUUUCUCUUUCAUUUUCUCUCACUUUCUCGGCGGCCCUUUUUGGUACUUCUUUGAAACUACUGUUUCUGCCAUUCCAUUCGGAAGACUGGAAAAAAAGAGCUGACGUUUGAUGAUAAACGGUGGUGAUUUAUUUUUAUUUUUUUGGGUUGAACUUAAUAUUGAGAUGGGGUUGAUGGGUGGUAUUAUUUCCAGGGGUCUCAUCUGAAAGUGAUUUGCAGCGCCAUAAUUGGCCUAAAUUGGGACCCAUGUGCGCCUAAGUUUCAAUUCAACACCCAAUCUCUUAUCCUCCUGAAACGUGAGAAAGAGGAGGGAAAAAAAAGAAAAAAAGAAAAACUUCUCAUUAUGCUUUGAAUUGAACUCAUGGUAGACAAAUUCUCAAUAUUUUAAGGUGCUUUUUCCAUGAUUCAUCAAGAGUUCGUUGAUUUCUGGUUGUAAAAGGUGAAAAUGGAUAUUUCUAACGUAGCCGCAGGCGACAUUCAAUGUCGGCUUCUUGAAUUUCUAGGGUUUUGACUGUCUUUUUUCCAGGUACCCAAUUCUGAAUACUCAUACUCAUUUCAUUGUUGAAUCGUAUGUGGUUCAACUUGAAUGUAUGUUGCCACUUGUUAUUAUUCACCUGAUUUCGCCUAAUAUAUUGACAUUAGGCUUUAUAAUGUUGGUAUUCGUUGAGAUUUUGUGAGGUUUGGGAGUGGUCGGUACCGUUGAUUUCUUAUUAUCUGUCGUAAUCCUUGGUUUUCAAAACCUAGACUUCUGCAACUUUUUCUCCUGAUUGUUCAUCACAAUUACCAAAAUGGGAUUCAAUGGGUUCCAUAUCCACAUAUGAUGUCCAGAAGUUGGGAGUUUUUCUUUGUUGGUUCUUGUUGUUGGCCUCUCUAAGAACAUUCAUACAGCUGAACAAACCAUGUUUCUCUGUAAUUCACCUUCACUAGUCUGCUUUUCUAUUGGGUUCUUGCUUUUUGGGGUUGCUGUUUCACAAAUUUCAUUGGGUUCUAAGCUCUCUGUAGUGGAAAACGACUUCUGGGUCUCCUCCAAUGGGGAUUUUGCUUGUGGGUUCUUCAACAAUUUGAAUCAGCCUAACCAGUAUCAAAUCGGGAUUCGGUUCAAUUCAAAGUCUAUUCCGGAUGGGGAACAGACUGUAGUCUGGGUUGCAGGGGCCAAUGUCAGGGUCAGUAAUAAGUCAUAUUUUGAGUUUACUCAUGGUGGAGAACUGGUUCUGUUUGAUUCCUUGCAGGGAGUCACUGUAUGGACCAGCAAAACAAGCCAUCUAUCUGUUGCUUCAGCUGCUCUCGGUGACAAUGGCAAUUUGGUGCUGAUGAACAGUAGCAAAGGUGUGGUCUGGCAAAGUUUUGAUACUCCUGCCGACACGCUGCUCCCUGGCCAGAUCUUAUCUGCUUCUCAAACACUUCGGCCCUUGAGCAAGAGUUCUGUUUCAAGUUACUAUGAUCUUCAAUUGAAUGUUCAGGGUCGGUUGCAACUUAGGUGGGAAACCAAUAUCUCUUAUUGGACAGUUGGAGGCCAGUCUGGUUCGAAUCUUAGUGCUGUCCUCACAUCUGAUGGAGCACUGCAACUUCUUGAUCGAAGAUCAAAGUCUGUUUGGUCUGUGUUUGGAGAAGAUCAUGAUGACCCCCUUGUGAAAUUCAGGUUUCUUAGGCUAGAUGCUGAUGGCAAUCUCCGAUUAUAUUCGUGGGCAAAAGCUUUGAGGUCAUGGAAAUCAGUAUGGCAAGCUGUUGAGAACCAAUGCAACGUUUUUGCAACGUGCUACCUCUCUGGUGUCUGUCUUUUCAAUGCAUCAGGCUCCCAUGUUUGCAAAUGCCCAUUUACGUCUACAGCCGAGUCUAGCUCUGAAUGUUUGGUUCCUAGCCAACUGGGGUGUGAUUCUGGUUCCACCCUGGUUACCUAUGAUCAUACCUUUCUGUAUGGGAUUUACCCACCAAAUGAUUCAGUUUCGAUAAUUAGUUUGGAGCAGUGCAAAACCUUGUGCCUAAACGAUCCAUCUUGCACAGCAGUAUCCUUUACAAAUGAUGGAAUUGCACAAUGCCACACAAGGAAAACCAGAUUUAUCACCGGAUAUUCAGACCCCGCUGUGGGUUCAAUAUCUUUUGUUAAGAUGUGUUUGGACCCAGUUGCUGCUUUUCCUAAUCUCUCAAUAUCCUCCCCACCUCAAUCUCGGCUCAAAAGAUCUUAUGCUUUUAGCGGUCAGUGUCUAAUCGGGGCGCUUUCAGGUACACUUGUAACAUUCGUUACAAUUCAGUUGGGAAUUGGCUUCUGCUUCUACAAGAGAAGAAACUUUUACAGGAAGCAAGCUGCUUUAGCCUUAAGGGACCCUAACUCACAAGUCUUGCUCAUGUUAUCCUACAAUGAAAUCAUGGAUCUGACUGGGAAUUUUGGGCACCACCUCGGGCCAAUGGUGUUUAAAGGCAUGCUUCCAAACGAUCAGCCAGUUGCAGUCAAAGGCCUGAAAACUUCCAUAGAAGAAAGGAAGUUCCGAGCUUCAGUUUCAAGGAUUGGAGGCAUUCAUCAGAAAAACCUAGCAAAGCUAGAGGGCUACUGUUGUGAAUCAGACCACAGAUUUUUAGUCUACGAAUUCGUUGAAAACGGUUCUGUAGAUCACUGCAUACAAGAUCCUAAGCUGAGCAGAAGGCUAACUUGGAGGAAGAGAAUCGACAUAUGCUUGAGUGUGGCCAGAGCCAUUUCCUAUCUGCACGCUGAGUGUAGGGAGUUUGUAAGCCAUGGGAAUUUGAAAUGUGAAAACGUGCUUUUAGAUGAAAACCUUGAUGCCAAGGUGACCGAAUUUGGACUAGGGAGGCUUCACAGCGAUACCUUAGAUGAAUCUGCAGAGAAUGAUGUGGAAGGUUUUGGGAAGAUGAUGGUAAUAUUAGUAACCGGUCAAACAGAAGCCGACGAUGUUUGCGAGUGGGCUUAUAAGGAAUGGAUCUCUGGGCAUGCAGAAGGGAUUGUGGAUGAAAGAAUAGAAGGUGGGGUGGAUUCAGAAGAGGUGGAGCGCCUGCUGAGACUUGCAUUUUGGUGCCUGCAAGUCGACAAACGCUUCAGACCUUCAAUGGGCGAGGUGGUGAAGGUGUUUGAGGGCACCUUGACUGUGGACCGCCCUCCACCUCCUUUCCUUUGCCGGAUGCCACUGGAAGAAGAAGAAGAAGACUACGACGAAGAAAAAGACAACUAACCGGACUCAGACCCAGGACCAUAGUCCAUAAUAGAACCCAAGUGAAUGUAGAGAUUAAUUCAUUUAAUUCAAUUGUUCCUCCUUGUAUAGUAGCAGUAACCGUUGAGGUUUGAAAUCAAAUGCAGUAUGCCAUCGCUCUAGUACUAUGAGCUCUAUUUGUUAUC